AUGCGAAACUUCCAAGUGUUAGUCUUACUGUUGGUUGAAUUUGCAAAUUCACGGUCAGAAAUUUGUGGCCGUUCUCGAAAUUUAGAUAAUCUUAUCGAUAACGGUAAACUCGUCACUCAGAAUGAACGUCGUGUAGUCGGAGGUAACGAGUCAACACCACACAUAUGGCCUUGGACCGUGCAACUGAUUUAUACUGAAACGAAGAUCCAUCGAUGUGGUGCAGCACUUCUGAGUGAUGAUAUCGUCAUUACUGCUGCGCAUUGCUUCUCUCGGAGUCGUAAUCCAGCACGCUAUGCUGUUCUUAUCGGUGGUCAUGAAAUUGGAUCAGGAGAAAGCUAUGAGAUUCGCAACAUUUCAAUACAUCCAUUAUUUAAUGUUCUUAUGCCAAGUUCAUUUGAUGUUGCUGUUGCCAGGCUGCAUGGAAAAUUAAACUUUAGCGAAAAUAUACUACCGAUAUGUUUACCGAUGUUGGAGCCAUUAACAGCAGACAAUUGCAUUGUUACUGGAUGGGGUUUUCAAGAAGAAAGUGGUAGUUUUUCAUCGAAGUUACGUGAAAUACACGUCCCAAUUAUACCAAUUGUUAUUUGUAAUAGUAUUUUGCAUUAUUUUGGCCGUGUGGAUCCAUUAUCUAUGCUUUGUGCCGGUUCCGGUGGUGCUGAUGCUUGUCAGGGUGAUUCAGGUGGUCCAUUAGUGUGUUACAGUCGUGUGCGUCAAAGAUGGGAACUACAAGGAGUGGUCAGUUGGGGUCAUGGAUGCGGCCGGAACAAUAUUCCUGGAGUGUAUUCCAAAAUUAGCGCCGUUGCUGGUUGGGUGAAUUCGCAAAUGAAAUUGCUUCGACUCAAUGAUAAUGAUAUUCUUUAG